AUGUGGUCCGUAUCGAUUCUCAUCAGUCUACUCUUGCCUAUACUGCUUCCUACAUACAAUGAAAUCCGUCCUAUUUGUCGCUGUUCUUUGCUUAUCUCGGUAUUCGCUCAGGAGGUCGUAGGUCGUGGUCGAUCCUGUGCCGUGUGGAGACAAGAUCUCAGAAACAUCACUAGAACCCAAAUUUGUGAGGGCGGUCUUACUUGUCAAGGUUUUGGGCCUCGCGAAGUUCGGGACAGUACUGGUAGCGCUCAUCACAUUGAUUUUAAUGUUUACCGUGGCAUCUGCGUUAGCGCAAACGAUAUUCAACUGUCCUAGUCUUUUAUUACCACAAUUC